AUAAACCUACUUGAGCUUUAGGUUCAUAUCAUGCAACUUUAUAUGAAAAGUUAUAUGAAACAGAUAAAUAUUUGCGAUGCUUCACCAAACAAAAUACAAAGUCUUAUAAGUCUUUAGUUUUGCCAAGCAAUGGACAAAUCAGAUCUGAAGUAAUAUAUCAACAUAUAUACUGUAUACUGUGUAAUGUUUUUGUUUUUCUUUCAGUCGUAUCCUUCUGUGCCUGCUGAACUCAGAGAUGAUUGGAGAGUUUCUAUUGACACUGAACUAAACUUUAGCUCCAUGAGAAAUAUAACCACAUUUGUUUUGACUUCUAUAAGGACUCAGCUGGAGAAUCUUUGCUCUUUUGAAAUUAGAAGAAUUCAGAGGUGUUUAGUGGAUGUGAUUCUGGAUAAAGAAACUGCACAUCCAGCUCUGGAAGUGUCUCAAGAUGGCAAAGCAGUAAGAGGCAGAGGAAACGAUCAUGACAUCCCAAGUGGCCCCAAUCUGGUAGAUGGAGUCCUGGGAAGGUAUCAGAUCAAGUCUGGAAAAGCAUUCUGGUUAGUGGAGGUGGGACAACAAUCGGGCUGGAAACUGGGUGUAGUGAGAGAAAAUGCAAACAGGAGAGGAACGGUCUCCUACAAACCCAGUGAAGGUUAUUGGGUCAUUGUGUUCUCUGGUCCAAACACGUAUGGAGCUUUUGAAGAAAAACCCAUUCAGAUGCAUCUCUCCACCAAACCUCAGAAGGUGGGAGUGUUUGUCGACUACGAGAGCGACGUCAUCUCUUUCUACAAUAUGGACGAUCAGUCACAUAUUUACACAUUCACUCAGUGUAGAUUCAAUGGAACAAUCCGUCCAUAUUUUAACCCUCAUCUCAAUAAAGAUUAUUCAGAUCCAAUGAUCAUUGUACAGUAAAUAACUACAUAUAAAUGACAGUUAAUUAAUAUUAUGGAAUAUAGUAUAGAGUAUUAAAAUAUAAUGGUGAUCAGGGAACUGCGUGUAGGGUUAGGGUAAUAAUGAAAAGAUGAUAGACUUGUAUGUAAUCAUAGAUUUUGAAGUGAUGAGUGACUAUUAGAAUUGUAUUCUUUCUUUAUAUCUAAAUCUAUUAAAAUGUUAAGUUACUUUUAUGUAAACACUCUUAAUGAUUUAUGUAUGAAAUUAGCUUCAUAAAUUAACUUGUCUUCACCUGCUUAGAUUUAAGUAAUAUUGUUAGUUGGGUAAAAAUGUAAUGCUUAUUUUGUCUGAGGCUUGUUCUAAAAAGUAUAAAGAUAUUAAAAUUAA